AAUGAGUAAACCAAAACAGAACUACCGAUAAAGUCGAGAACAAAAUAGUCGCGAUGUCCAUUGAAUUUGCAACAGUGUUGCGAAAAUGGAAAGUGACGUCGCUGCGCCAAAGGCCCCAACUAAACCACUUAAUUUAAUCAAAACGCUCGGAUUUAAUCCACGGAGUGGAUGACAUUCCGUACGGGAGCGCAGUUUGAAAACAACAUUCACCGUAGGCGAUCGGAAUCUCGGCUCGACAAUAAUGCCGCGUGGCAUCUGGAAGCUUGAUCGGAUAAUACUCCUCUGCCUCUGCUUCUUGAUUCUUGGGGAUUUUGUCUAUAUAGCAGCCCAAAGAAGUACUGCGGGAAAGACGGAGCGUCGAAACUAUACGGGCAAAAAACCAGUAGUCAUCCAACACCGAUCGCAGGAUGCAGUUAACUACUAUGAUCAUGAGAAUGGUGCCAAGAUCAUAAAAUCAUCGCAUUUUGAAUUGGAUUACACCCUGGGACGCAAAAUUACUUUCUUCUGCAUGGCUCAAGGCAACCCAAGACCUACUAUCACUUGGUUUAAGGAUGGAGCAGAGCUUUACCAACAUCGAUUCUUUCAGGUACACGAAUCUCAUAUUGAAGCAAACAUCGUUAAGUCUAAAAUGGAAAUUGAUCCAACCACUCAAAUGGAUGCUGGGUUCUACGAAUGUCAAGCGGACAAUAUAUACGCCAUUGAUCGUAGAGGCUUCCGCACGGACUAUGUUAUGGUCAACUUUUGAGCCAAGUUUCCAGUUACCAUUUACAACAUACAUUUUAACACUUUGAUACUGUAAAAUGUAACUACUCAAUACUUUGAAGCAUACUUUUAAAUAAAAAAUAUUCAAAAAUAA